AUGCUACUGUAAACAGAGACACCCAUAGAUAUGGAGAAUGAGACAACUGUGCAGGAAUUCAUUUUGGAGGGAUUUCCUGCUGUCCAGCAUCUGGGAAAAAUACUCUUCCUGGUGCACCUACUGGCAUACCUGGCAUCUACAACAGGCAAUAUGAUCAUUGUCACCAUCACUUGUGUUGACUCCAGGCUUCACACACCAAUGUACUUUUUCCUCAGCAUUUUCUCCUUCUUUGAAUGUUGCUUCACAAGUACUGUUAUUCCAAAGUUAUUGGUCAUCUUUCUUUUAGGAAGACAAAAAAUUUCCUUUGUUGCUUGUUUUGUACAAACCUUUGUCAUUAUAUUUCUGGGAGCAGCAGGUUUUAUCUUCAUGGCAAUGAUGUCUCUGGAUCGGUACGUGGCCAUCUGUAAACCCCUGCAUUAUCCAAAUAUCAUGAACUUUAAGACUUGCCUUCUCCUGGUUGCUAUCUGCUUUACUUUAAGUUUUCCUUCUGUAACUGGUUUGGUGGUGAAGGUCUCCCAGUUAUCCUUUUGUGGGCCCCAGGUCAUCCCUCACUUCUUCUGCGACAUUGCUCCCCUGAUUCGUCUCUCUUGUUCUGAUACAAGUUUUGUUGAAAGAAUGACAUUUGUCCUUGCCUUCUGUUUCAUUUUGAUGUCCUUCAUCGUAACCCUCAUCGCAUACAGCAAGAUAGUACUCACAAUUAUGAAUCUCCCAUCAGCCAGAGAGAAACAGAAAGCAUUCUCCACGUGUUCAUCUCACCUCAUUGUUCUCUCUCUGAUGUAUUGCAGUUGUAUCUUUAUCUAUGUAAAACCAAAGCAAACAAGCAAGGUGGAGUCCAACAAAGAGGCUGCCCUUGUGAACAUGGUGGUGACUCCAUUGUUGAACCCAGUCAUCUACACCUUACGGAACAAGCAGGUCCACCAGGCCCUGAGGGAGAAAAUGUGCAGAAUGAAAAUGCUAACAUAG